CCAGAGGACGGGCCUGGAGUAACCUCACGGACUAAUGUGGCUUCUACUGCUGGGCCUGGUUCUCCGGUACUGGAUCAGCACUGUGGAGGGUUCGUGUUCAGGACGGAGCGCUGCGAGCUGUGAUGAGUGUCUGCAGCUCAGUCCUCACUGCGCCUGGUGCACUCACCAGAACUUCACCGACUGGUUUACGGUCUCAGAGCGAUGCGACUCUCCGGACACGCUGCUAGAGAAAGGGUGCACCGAAGACCAGCUGCAGUUCUCCGUUUCCAGAAGCCAGAUCCUGCAGGAUCAGCCGCUCGGAAAGAAGGCCGAUAAUGCCAACAGCACUCAGAUCUCCCCACAGAAGAUUUCCCUCAAACUGCGGCCUGGCAGCGAGGUGACGUUUCAGGUUCACGUUCAACACACCGAAGAUUAUCCCGUGGACGUCUACUAUCUGAUGGACCUGUCGGCCUCCAUGAUCGACGACCUCAGUAUGAUCAAAGACUUGGGUUCUUCUCUGGCUAAAGAAAUGGCCAAACUCACCAGUAAAUUUAGAAUGGGCUUCGGCUCGUUUGUGGAGAAACCGGUCCUGCCGUUCAUCCAUAUCAAAGAGGAGGACCUGAUCAACCCCUGCAGUGAUAUCCCAGGUAUGACUUGCCUGCCAACGUUUGGCUACAAGCAUGGCUUGUCCCUGACGAGCAGCACCGACAAGUUCAAGGAGAUUGUGUCCAAGCAGCGCGUGUCUGCAAACGUUGAUAUACCAGAGUGUGGCUUUGAUGCGAUCAUGCAAGCAUCUGUUUGCGGGGACAAGAUAGGCUGGAGGAAUGACUCGAUGCGUCUGCUGGUGUUCACCAGCGAUGCUGAUUCACACUUCGGGAUGGACAGUAAAUUGGCUGGAAUUGUGAUCCCAAAUGAUGGGAAGUGUCACCUGGAUGCAAACGAUGAAUACUCCAUGUCCACCGUACAGGAGUACCCAACUCUUGGCCAAUUGAUUGAUAAGGUGGUGGAGAACAACAUCCUGCUGAUAUUUGCUGUGACUGAAGAGCAGAUAAACAAUUACAAGAACUAUGCAAAUCUCAUACCCGGAGCCACAGUUGGAGUCCUGGCAAAAGACUCAAGAAACGUCCUGGAGCUGAUUGUAACGGCGUAUAAAUCCUCUAAUUACUUCACAGAUUGGAACAAAAGCUCUUUCGUGGCGUGCACAUUGAUGAUGGACAAUGAGUGCUGGGUGUCUUUUAAUGCGGUUGAAAGUGAGACGGGGACCACCGCUUACAAUCUGCAGAUGUACGGAUGCCCAGAGACCCCAAAUAUCCCCAUGAUCAUUCUGGGGGUCUCCCUUUCUGUUGUUUGCAUCGGCCUGAUUUUGCUGGCUGUGUGGAAAGUUCUGGUGUCGGCCCACGACCGGAAAGAGGUGGCCCGAUUUGAGGCUGAGCGGGCAAAAGCAAAAUGGCAGACGGGAACCAACCCUCUGUUCAGAAGCUCCACGUCUACAUUUAAAAACAUAACUUAUAUGAACACGUACAGAGAAAGGAUCAUUAGGGAAAAUCACUACUGACCACAAACUGGAGGCUGUGCAAACAUCCUGAGUGUGAGUGUGUGUGAGAGAGGAAUGAUGAAUUCAGAGACGUUCGAACGCAGCGCUGCGAGGAGAUGAAGGU